GACCUGAGCCGAAGGCAGACGCUUAACCAUCUGAGCCACCCAGGCGCCCUGUUAUAUGUUUAUUUUAAUGGGCUAUAAGUACUAAGCUUAUAUUUGUUGUUGGAAUUUUUUUCUUCUACCUAUUAUAUGAUACUAGCUAUAUUAAAAGAUAAAAGACUGCAAUUGCUUACUGUAGGAAUUGUUCAUGUUCUGCAACAAUGUGCGCAUAUGUUUAAUAACCCUUCGCCUUGAUUGAAGGUGGUUGUUGUGGUUGUUUACAGUGUGUAAAAUGGCAGUUUAUUUUAACACAUUGCUUGAAUUGGAUAUACUAUGGUACUUUCAUAGUAUUCAUAGUUAGCUCUCUUAUUUUUGGCUGUGUCCUUCAGCUUCCACCUGAGGUACCUUGAUAAUAAAGAAUAGUUAAAAGAACAAAAACACACCGUUUAAGCAGGUUGUACUGUGAAAACUUUCUGCCUGGCCUCUGGUUUAUAAUAGGUAAGGUAGACUGGAAGCCUGUAUGAUUGCUCUUAAAAAUGUGGAUAUAAUUUGUUUGAGUCAAUCUGCACAUUUCAACUAGACAGCAUAUUUUUAAAUGGUUGUUGGAUCCACAUGCAGGUUACUGAGGAAUUUGCAGAAUUUCUUGAUGGGACAGCUUUAAGAGUAGGUUAAGUAUAGGGUAGUGGAACAGGACAGAUAACGCCCCUUCUCAGUAUUUUAUUUUUCUGUUUGCAAUUUUCAAUUCAGUUUCCAAAUUCUGAAUAGUUUUAUGUGUGUCUUUGAAAAAAAAGUUGAAGUUAUCAUUUUGUAAUGAAGACAAGUCAAAGGUAGAAAAGGAUAAUCUAGCAUUUGUCCAUAAAGGGCUUAUUGUACCUUGAUAUCUAAUGCACAGUUUAGUGAAAAUGGUACUUGGUACUAGGUUUUGAAAAAUGAAGUUACUUAAAUAUGGCAAAUAUUCACAUGACCAUUUUGUGUGCAUGAAGACUUAACUACCAGUUCUUAGAAUGGUGGGCCUUUUUUUUUGGUAUUACAAUAAAAAUAAUUCUGAAGAAUUAAAAGUUUAUUUUAUGCUUUGUAGUUUAUUCUUCAGGUUAAGUUUACUGACAGUUAUUGAUUAACCUUUUUGAUGUCUCCAAAUUGUUUUUGGAGGUUAAAAUGGUAAUAACAACUUUGUAACUAGGUGUUACAGGGGAGUUAAGAGGACUGUUUCUUUACCUUGAAUGAUUCCAUGAAGAAAUUUAUGCAGAUUCAGGUUUCUUUGGUAUCAAAACUGAAGGAUGGCAACAAAGGAGGUGUUAGGUAUUUAUGACACCUUAGAUAAUUAAAAAGCAAGACUUUUAAAAAAAUAAAUCCUAAUAUCUUUUGAAAAGAUACUUUUGCAUCUUAAUGUUUUGUUACCAAACCAAAAGGAAAUUUUCAUUUUUCCAGUGAGUUGCUAUGCCAGAACUGAAAUUUAAACUUUAAAAUUUAGGAUGUUACUAAGUUGCCUUGUUUACAUUAAUUCCUAAGAAGUGGCAAUUUUCAGCACUGUUGAACAAUUUUCAGCUGUUUAUAAGGGAAGACUUGGACAUCGAGUGUACACAUAUUUGCACCAUAAUAUUUUUAUCAUGUACUAGAAAGUAAGCAUUUAAGAAUAAAUCUUGGAUUUUAAUAUAAGACUGGGAUUUCUAUACUUAACAAAAUUAAAGGUUUAACUGUCACAGAAUGCAAAGCAUUCUGAAAUGUAUGUAUAACAUGAACUAUGGUGAUAUUCAUAGAUACUGUUCCAUCAACUGCUGUUAAACAGUAGCAUAAACAAAUGUUAUACCACGGGAUCAAUUUUAUAGAAGGGAAAGCCAAGAGAGAGGGGAAGAUACUCUUUUCAGCUUAAUGAACCAGCCUGUGUGAUUCUUCAGUUACAAGCAAAUUAGCUAUUACUUUUUUUACUGAAUAUGCUGCUUUUACAGUUUCAAUGAAUGAAAAAGCCUAAAUUGCUGUGCCUGCUCUAGGCAUUUGUCCAGGAAUUUAGAGGGUAUCAGAGAUGUGGUGAAAGACUUAUUGUAGGUAGCUAAAUGGGAAAGGUUGAUAUUGAACAGAAAGGUAGCUGUAUAUUUCAGUUUUGUUUGCAUCUGAAAAAUAAAUAGGCCUAGGCCUAGCAGCAUUAGUACAGUUCUUGAUAAAUAAAUCUGUUGGCAUUAAACUGAAAGUAAAGGGAAAGUCUUAAGAAAGCUGUGUGGUAGGUAGUCUUGUGGCAUAAAUGAAAAUCGGUGUGAAGUUGGGGUGAUUAGUUACUCUAAUAAUCAAGGCUCGGAUGGACAGAGAAACUGAACUGUCCGUCCUGCUUUGGUCAUAAGUGCCUCAUAUAUCUGUCAAAUUUAAAAAAGUCUCUUAAUCAGUUUUAAAUCAUUUGAUUUGGAGAGUUCUGAUUUAUAUCCGACUUUUUCAGAAGCCAGUUUUCUGUUACAGGAUAUAGUCACUGAAGGAAGUAUAUGUAUGCAGAACUGCAUAAAAUAUGCAAAACUAUGAAUAAAUUGGUGGGAUCAAAAAAUAAAGACCCAUGAUACUAAUUUUGUAACUUUUUGUACAUUAUACUUCAUGGAUAAUAUAGAAUAUUAAAAUGGCAUGGUUGCAAAAUUACAAGUAUUAGUAAUUUACAAGCCAAAGGGGAAAUUUUAAGAAUUUCAUGCCCUCUUUUCCCCUUAGUUUUUUCUUUAUGUUGCUUUUACAUUAGAACAUAUGUUUCUGAUUAAGUUGGAAUGUGCAAAGAUAGUGGUCAAACAUACUUGGGAGAAGAUGUUAGUAAUUUCACUAAUUUAAUUUUUUUACUUCUUUGAACCUCAGCAUGUGUCCUGUAAUAUGUGAGUUUAGGUAGGUGUAUACAAAUUUCAGCCUAGAAUGCUUUGCUUUAACUGUACGUUGGUAUCUUAGCAUGGCUUAAUGAAAGCUUAUUUUAAGAUGACUAAGAAUCUUCAAGUUAUAAGCUAGGUUGGGGGGGCUACAGUUAGAUUUAUGUUGGGUGUUAAGUAUUUAUAUUAAAAUUGUUCACGUUUUAGGAACUAGGAUGAAACAUGAAAGGGGAGGAGGGUGAAGAAUAUGGUAAAAACAUUUAGAGAAAUUCAGUAAAUUCUCUUUGUUAGAAGCUAGACUUUGGACAAUUUUAAAGAUUAUAAAAUUGUUUUUUAAUAAACUAGUUAUUUGCACUUUACCUGCUGGCUUUUCCAUUUGGUAGAUAACAUUCUGAACUCCAGCAGAGUUUUAUAAACCCCACGUGCUUAAAUAUACUAAAUGUUCUUUUUCCAUUAAGGUUAAUGUUCGUGAAGAAAUUGAAGAGUUUUUUCCAAGAAUGUGGAAGAUAAAUCAAGAUAAAAGAAGGCUAAUGAAAAGUAUUAAAGAUCAGAAAAUUAAAAUUGAAUGGGGGAAAAAAUUGAACAGAAGAUUGGUCAGAUAGAAGCACUUGAAUAUUUUUUUUAAGGCUAUUUUGAAUUGUUUGAAUUGGGGAAGAAUACACGAAGUAUGAAAAAUGAAAAACUCAAUGAAGAAUGAAGAGAAGUAGAAAGCAAGAGUGAAGUAGAAUUAAAAGAAUCUGGAAGAAUGAAUGGGUCCUAGGUUAAGUAAAUGAGUCUCGCUCUCAGUCAAAAUCUCCAACGGGAACUCCUGCUCGUGUAAAAUCGGAGAGCAGGUCAGGAUCUCGUAGUCCAUCAAGGGUUUCCAAACACUCAGAAUCCCAUUCUCGAUCAAGAUCAAAAUCCAGGUCGAGGUCGAGGAGGCAUUCUCAUAGACGUUACACUCGAUCCAGAUCCCAUUCUCACUCUCAUAGGAGACGAUCUCGAAGUAGGUCAUAUACACCAGAAUACCGGCGUCGAAGAAGCCGAAGUCAUUCUCCAAUGUCUAACCGGAGAAGACAUACAGGCAGCAGGGCAAAUCCAGAUCCCAACACUUGUCUUGGAGUGUUUGGCCUCAGUUUAUACACAACUGAGAGAGAUCUUCGUGAAGUAUUUUCUCGAUACGGACCAUUGAGUGGUGUCAAUGUGGUUUAUGAUCAGCGAACUGGACGAUCACGAGGAUUUGCUUUUGUUUAUUUUGAAAGAAUAGAUGACUCAAAGGAGGCUAUGGAAAGGGCAAAUGGAAUGGAGCUGGAUGGUAGAAGAAUUCGAGUGGAUUAUUCUAUUACCAAGAGAGCUCACACACCUACACCCGGAAUCUACAUGGGCAGACCAACUCAUAGUGGUGGUGGUGGAGGUGGAGGCGGUGGUGGAGGUGGAGGCGGUGGCCGGCGUCGAGAUUCUUACUAUGAUAGAGGAUAUGAUCGUGGGUAUGACAGAUAUGAAGACUAUGAUUACCGGUACAGAAGAAGAUCACCUUCUCCUUACUAUAGUCGGUACAGGUCACGAUCGAGAUCUCGUUCCUACAGCCCAAGACGCUAUUGAUAUACAGAAUGGUUGCAGAUGAGGACAUCUUUUUCUGUGUGUGUGUGUGUGUGUGUGUGUGUGUGUGUGUGUGUGUUGAUUUGGGGUUUGUUUGUUUUGGUUUGGUUUUGGUUUGGUUUUUGUUUAAUUCUGGAUUUCCCCAAGCUUCUAAUCCUUCUUACUUCUUAAAAAGAACCCUUAAAAAAAACUUCGUUUAUUCACCAUCUACACUAUGUCAGUUGUAUUGCUGUUUCCACCCCUUUUAGUAUGCUCUUAAAGAUGUAAUUGUUGUCAUUUGAGUAGUUAAACAUCUUAAGUAAAAAAAGGAACUCCCAGUGUUAGGCUUUGUAAAUGAUUUUUUUCUUUUUUUUUUUUUUUUUUUACUUUUUUUCUUUUUUUGCUUUGUUUUUACAGAAAAUUAACUCCUGGCUAAUCAAAUGAGAAAAGAAAUGAUCUUUUUAAAGCUUUUGUGUUAAAUAUUAGAUAUUGUACUAGAGACCUCCAUUUACAACAAACUCCUUUUUUAACUUUCUUUUGGGGAAGGUAGUAACACAUAAAGUAGUUCAGUCAUGUCAAGUUUGUCUGGGGUGGCAUGGAGCAGUCAAAUAGUUGGGUGUAGAAAAUUUGAAGCUAUAGAAGAAAACACUUGGUCAUUUCUUUUGAAGAACGAAAUUUUUGAACCCUAAAAAUUACGUCAUUUUUUUAGAGAUGAAAAGCUUGUGGACUCCUACAAAAUAUGUUGUAUUUAAAAUACAUCUGUUAAAACUUACAGUGUGAUUUUUGUGUUGAAUUUAUUGAAAUUUAAGUAUUCCCUUAAUCAGUGAAGGACAACUCUUAUUUAUUACUUAGAGCAAUUAUAUACUUUCCUGUUAGAAAUUUUGCUGUUGGGACAAUGGUUAAGCAGGCUGUUAUUGUAUAGUAUAGAGUCCUUAGAAGAUACGUGUGAGGAAAAGUAGUCUCAAAUAAAAGUUAAUUUCUUUGAAAA